CAACGACAGCGAAAGCGACGAUGACGAUGCUGACGGCGACGGCCGCAAAGCCGGCGGCGGCGGCGGCGGUACGAAGGGACGUCGCGGCCCCAGCGGCGGCUCUGGCGGCGGCGGUCGUCGCGGCAGUCGGUUGCGGCCGUUGAGUCGUCCCAUCAUCUGCAUCUGCAACGACCUGUACGCGCCGGCGCUGCGGCCGCUGCGCGACGUGGCUCGCGUGUUUCAUUUCUCACCUCCGGCUUCGGAGCGGCUGACAGCACGGUUGGCGGAGAUAUGCAAGGCGGAGCGGCUGCCCGCCGACCCCGCCGCCCUGCGGCUGCUGGUGGAGCGCACGGAGCGGGACGUGCGGUCCUGCCUGAACACGCUGCAGUUUCUGGCGCGGAGGAAGGCAGCAGCGGGGGCGGGAGGGGGGUCACGGCGCAGCAUUGAGGUCAAGGACAUUGAGGAGCUCAACAUCGCCGCCAAGGACACCUCCCAGUCCGCGCACGACAUGUGGG